CAGCAUUGGUUGGUCUCUACACCCAAGUUGUCACUGACACUUCAUGUUUUUCUUUACAAAGCAACACCAUGGCUCUCCCACCAACAACUCAAAACCCCAACAACAACAACAACAAGAACUACAACACAUAGACCAACUACAAGGAGAACUACAACACAAAGACCACAACCAAGACAAACAACAAGAAGAACUACAACACAAAGGCCACAACCAAGACAAACAACAAGAAGAACUACACGGCCAACAGUAAGAACAACAACAAGAAGAACUACAACACAACAAACAACAACAAUAUCAACCACUCCAUCCAACAUACAAAUUGAUGAAAGUUCAGUUUCAAGACACAGCAGGGGGUGUAAUGUGCUUCGAAAUGGACUAACAAUCCAAAACUCUGGGUAUGAAGUAGUUGAACAAGGCGUUGAAAACAGCAGAAGGUUUCGAUUCAAUGCAGAUGUUGUUAUUGCUGGUACACAGAACAGAAUGAAUGGAUGGUCACUUAAACUGGUGUUUUCUAAGAGGAUUACCAAUAUACAGGUUUGGGAAGCAAUUCUAAGUCGAAGUUCGGAUGACGGUCGAGUCUUCAUCUUCCAACCCCACUCAUGGAAUGAGGAGCUACGAGAUGACUUUAGUUUUCUUAUUAUUCCUGAGAUGUCAUCCCAGGGUUUACCACAAGUCGUCAUGUUUCUUUGUCCAAGAGAAGUCACACCAAAUAUGAACUGGGAUGGAAUAUUCAUAGAUAGAUCAACUACCAGCAGCAAUGAAGCUGUCAACUCUCAAAACAGAGAUCGUUUAAGACAGGAACAACUGCGCCAAAGACAAGAAGAAAUUGCAAGAGAACAAAGAAGGCAAGUUGAAGAAAGAAGAAGGCAGCAAGAAUUGGAGAGACGGCAAAGAGAAGGGCAAUCAACCCAGGUAACAACUACAACACAACUACAAACACAAAGAACUCAGCCGGCAACAACACAAACAACAAGAAGACCUACAACAAGAAGACCAAACACAUCAUCAUCAAGAAGAUGUACGAACCCGAUGGGAAUUCCCCCUUCUAACCCCGGACAAACAAGAGUUCGAUUCAGAAGGUCACCCCCAAGAGAGAGACGUCCAUAUGAUUACAACGAAGUGAUAGCCAUGUCCAUUCUCUUCUACGAAGCACAAAGAUCAGGCAAACUACCAAGUAACAACAGGAUACCGUGGAGGGGAGACUCUGGGUUGAGGGAUGGGUGUGACGUGGGUGUCGAUCUUACUGGGGGGUGGUAUGAUGCUGGCGAUCAUGUUAAGUUCGGGUUCCCACUUGCAUGGUCGGUAACCACACUAGCAUGGGGUGUCAUUGAAUUUAAAGAUGCUUAUGUGGAUGCUAACGAAUACAGACGUGUGCUUGAUUCAUUGAAAUGGGUGGCGGAUUAUUUUGUAAAGGCUCACACUUCAAGAUAUGAACUAUAUGGACAGGUUGGUAGUGGGAGAGCUGACCAUUUAUACUGGGGAAGGUCAGAAGAUCUUCGAAUGAAUCGACCGAGUUAUAAGAUCGAUGCUUCAAACCCUGGUACUGAACUUGCAGCAGAAACAGCAGCAGCUCUAGCAGCUUGUUCAGUUGUGUUUAAGAAUGCGAGGCCUGGUUAUUCAAGAAUGUUGCUGCGCCAUGCAACUGAACUAUAUGAAUUUGCAGACAGAUACAGGCGUAGCUACCAUCUCUCUAUCCCUGAUGUAACAUCAUAUUAUCGCUCAUAUAAUGGUUACAAUGAUGAGUUAGUAUGGGGAGCAUUGUGGUUGUACAAAGCUACAGGCAUGAGGAGUUACUUAGAAGAUGCUAAGAGGAAAUAUGAUCAGUAUGGGCAAGGGAAUACUCCAAUUAUGUUUUCAUGGGAUGAUAAGAGGGCUGGGUCUCAGGUUCUGUUGGCGAACUUUACUGGUGAAGCAAAAUAUAAAGGACAUGUAGCAAACUAUCAACGGUUUUUAAAUGGUGCAUUAAAAACUCCACGUGGAUUAGUGUGGUUGGAUCAAUGGGGGUCAAAUCGUUAUGCUGCAAAUGCUGCAUUCAUUGCGUUGGCUGCUGCAAAAGUUCCCGGCAUUGCUAAUAGGAAUGAGAUGGUCAGAUUCGCUGAGGCACAAAUCCACUAUAUGUUGGGAGGGGCUGGUAGAAGUUAUGUGGUUGGUUAUGGACGUAACCCACCCACCCAACCUCACCAUAGGGGAAGUUCUUGUCCAGCUGCACCAACUGAAUGCUCAUGGGGAAACUUCCACAGUUCUGCUGCGAACCACUUUACAUUACAUGGUGCAUUAGUUGCAGGUCCUGGCAGGGAUGAUAGUUAUACUGACAACAGGGGGGAUUACAUCGCAAAUGAAGUAGCUGUAGAUUAUAAUGCUGGCUUUCAGUCUGCAGUAGCAGGUUUAAAAUAUUUCAAGAUAAAACAAAGAAGAUAGACAAGAAGAUUGUUUUUAAAGAAAUAUUUGUAAAUGUCGAUCUGUAUUUCCUGUUUUUUCACCAAUCAUAAAUUAAACGACGCUAAUGUUACAUUAACAUUAAUCCAGGAAAAUAAUUUUAGUGACUAACUGAUGUUGUCAUUGUAAUUGUAUUAUUGGUAACUUAUUAAUAAACCAUAUCUUUUAUAAGUAAA